AUGGCGUCCGGGAGUAACUGGCUGUCCGGGAUGAAUGUCGUGCUGGUGAUGGCCCACGGGAGCCUGGACUUGAAAGAGGAGAUUGAUAUUCGACUACCCAGGGUUCAGGAUAUCAAGUAUGAACCCCAACUCCUUGGAAAUGAUGACACUAGGCUGCUGCAACUGGAGACCCAGGGAAAUCAGAAUUGCUACAACUAUCUGUACAGGAUGAAAGCUCUGGAUGCCAUUUGUGCCUCAGAGACCCCGUUUUGUGCUGAUGGCCAGCAUCCUCGUUCCUUAAUGGGCAAGAAUUUCCGCUCCUACUUGCUAGAUCUACGAAACACUAGUACUCCCUUCAAGGGUGUGCGCAAAGCCCUCAUUGAUACCCUGCUAGAUGGCUAUGAAACAGCCUGCUAUGGGACAGGGGUCUUCGGUCAGAAUGAAUACCUGCACUAUCAGGAGGCCCUGCGUGAGCUGGCCACUGUGGUCAAAGCACAAAUUGGGAGCUCUCAGCGACAACACCAAUCAGCAGCCAAAGACCUAACUCAGUCCCCUGAAGUCUCCCCAACAACCAUCCAGGUGACAUACCUCCCCUCCAGUCAGAAGAGUAAACGUGCCAAACACUUCCUCGAAUUGAAGAGCAUUAAGGAUAACUAUAACACCUUGAAAAGUACUUUGUGAUUG